AUGCAGAAGCUGGAGACCCUCGACGUCACACAGGGGACCCAGGUGUCUCUUGCAACCGGUUUCCAGAUCGCAGACGCUCCCGGCGUCUUCUUUGUGCCGUCAGGCGCGCUCCUCCUUGCACCCAACGUCACAGUGCGCGGACCCCUCACAUUCGAGGCAGACGGUUCCAGCAUCGAGUUUCCUUUCAAGCGAGGCGGCCGCAUUGUGUGGACGAACGGCGACGCAUCAAAUACAGCACUGAGGGCAUGA